GGCGGGGCGAUGGUAGCGUUUCUGGGGCGGCCCCAGUGACGGGAGGCGGUUGUUGGGGCGCUUGGGCUGACACGACGGGCUCUUUCUCCUCACCUUAAUUCGUCUCCUGCAUGCCGCCGGUAUCGGGGGCGCUGUGCAGCGCGGCACGGGCCGCCAGCCAUGGCCGAGGCAGGAGAGGGAAGCGCCGAGAUGGCUGAGGAGGAGCGGCGGGCCACUGAAGGUAAUUUCUCAAUAGAUGGAAACCUGUGCAUUACUUCUGGAGUCCUCAGCCUCAUGAAUCCAAUAACUAAGCCUGCUACCACCACUUCUUUCAGUGCUUCUGUGUCUGAGAUUCCAAGGAAGCGUAAAGGGAGUGAUUCUGAUAACCAGGAUACAGUUGAAGUUGAUGGUGAUCCCCAGAAAAGGAGUGAAGAUGAUGAACAUGUUAAAAUAAAAGAUUUAAGAGAGGCUCACAGUCAAACAGAGAAACGAAGAAGAGAUAAAAUGAAUAAUUUGAUAGAGGAAUUGUCUGCUAUGAUACCUCAGUGCAAUCCCAUGGCACGAAAGCUCGACAAGCUUACAGUGUUACGGAUGGCUGUACAACACUUAAAAUCUUUAAAAGGUUCCACUAGCUCCUAUUCAGAAGUUCGGUAUAAACCUUCAUUUUUAAAGGAUGAUGAGAUCCAACAGUUAAUCCUUAGAGCUGCAGAUGGAUUCCUAUUUGUGGUGGGAUGCAACAGAGGAAAAAUUCUGUUUGUCUCAGAAUCAGUUUGCAAAAUACUUAAUUACGAUCAGGCCAGUUUAAUUGGACAAAGUUUGUUUGAUUACUUGCAUCCAAAAGAUGUUGCAAAAGUUAAGGAGCAACUUUCUUCUUCUGAUGUCUCUCCUAGGGAGAAGCUUGUAGAUGGGAAAACUGGCUUGCAAGUACACACAGAUUUUCAAGCUGGACCAGCUCGACUGAAUUCUGGUGCUCGACGUUCCUUCUUCUGUCGGAUUAAAUGUAGUAGGACCACAGUCAAAGAAGAAAAGGAGUGCUUGCCCAACCCAAAGAAGAAAGGGUUAGAAGCACUCUCUCCAGAUCACAGAAAAUACUGUACCAUUCACUGUACUGGGUAUAUGAAGAACUGGGCUCCUAAUGAAGUGGGAGUAGAAGAGGAAAAUGAUGUAGAGAAGGACAGUAGUAACUUUAACUGUCUUGUUGCAAUUGGGAGGCUACACCCUUAUAUUGUUCCACAAAAGAGUGGAGAGAUAAAAGUCAAAGCAACAGAAUUUGUUACACGAUUUGCCAUGGAUGGAAAAUUUGUUUAUGUAGAUCAGUGUGCAACAGCAAUUUUAGGGUAUCUUCCACAAGAGCUUCUAGGAACUUCUUGUUACGAGUACUGCCAUCAAGAUGAUCACAGUCAUCUAGCUGAAAAACAUAAAGAAGUGUUGCAGAAUAAAGAAAAAGUAUUUACAAAUUCCUACAAAUUUAGAGCAAAAGAUGGGACUUUUAUUACUCUAAAGAGUCAGUGGUUUAGUUUCAUGAAUCCAUGGACCAAAGAACUGGAGUACAUUGUAUCAAACAACACUGUGAUAUUAGGUCAUAACAAGUCAGCUGAAGAAGAGGUCCUCUAUGAUUCCCAGCCUGCAGAAGAUGCUGUAAAGCAGUCUUUAGUAAGUGUACCUGGAAUGUCCUCUGGAACAGUUCUUGGUGCUGGAAGUAUAGGAACUGAAAUUGCAAAUGAAAUAUUAGAAUUGCAAAGGUUGCAUUCUUCACCGUCUGGGGAGUUAAGUCCAUCACAUCUCUUGAGAAAGUCACCUCCUUUAACUGUAAACUGCAGCAAUGUGCCCAAUAAAGAGUUGAUUCAGUUAUGUUCUUCAGAAACAGAAGUUCUAGAGACUUCGAGAGACCAGGGUGCUACUCCCUUUUCCACUAAUGAAACUCUCCUCAGUGGCAAUUCUCAGCUGGAAUUUGAUGCAAUAUGUGAAAAUGAUGACACUGCUAUGACAGCUCUUAUGAAUUAUUUGGAGGCUGAUGGAGAACUUGAGGAUCCAGCUGAGCUCAGUGAUAUACAGUGGGCUUUUUAGUCUUGCUUUCUCAAAAUAAAAAAGGAAUGUAAAAUUCAUAAUGCACAACAACCAUACAUCCUCAGUACUGUAUUAUAAUUUUUUUAUGUUUCAUCUGAAUUCAUACUUACUGUCUAUAUCUUUUUAAAGACUGAAGCCUUGUUCAGAGAGAGACAGUUUCUGCUACACCUAUGGAAAAAUGCAAUAUUUUUUUCACGAUGGAUAAAUCUUGAAAUUUUAAUAUCAAACCAUCUGUAACUGGAAUGCUUAAAAGACAUUACUAUAUUUUUGUUAAGACUCUUUAACCAAAAGGUACUGUACAAUGUACAGGAAUAUUUUUUCUUAGUUUUAAUACUUAACCUUUUAUUUAUUGUUUUUGUUUCAAAUGGUAGUUUACUGAUUAUCCUUGUUACUUUCUGUAGAACCUACUGUACUUAUACAGUUUAAGUAUUUGUAACUAUUUAAUUGAAAUGAUGAUUUGUACACACUACGGUUGUAAAAUAAGGUAUUGUAAUUUUCAAAUAUUGCAGUUUGUGAUUCCUUGCCAUUUUCAGAAGUGUGAUUUUUGUAGUCAGAAGUGAAAAUAAAGCAUACAGUUAUGGGAGCAAGGAUUUGAAUUAGAUCACAUAACUGUCAGAAGAGAAUGUUUUGAGAAAAACAGUCACUUCUCCAGUAUGCAACUGGAAGAGCAACAAAAAAAAGCACAACAAAAUCUUCACUACUAUUUUGUAUUAUUUUUAAUGUAUUAUUAGAGGAACAGUGCAGACCACCUAAGAAAAGUAAUGCUACAACUGUAAUAAAGCACUUUGAUCUCAUCACAGAUUUACUAACUAGAAAACUAACUAGAAAAUGUAGAAUAGAUAGUCUUGGUUCCAGUGUGAGGCUAACACUGUUAGUGAAAAGUAUGUUUUAUAUCUCUAUGUUUUCAGAGAGAUUAGGGUGAUUCUCUGUUGCUUGAGUCUCUGACUUUAAAAUAUUGUAAUCUAGUGCUGUCUGUAAGUGAACACUAUAUAGGAUGGUUUCUUUUGAGGGACAACUUUUGCAAGAGUUGUAUCCCAGUUGCAGCAAAUUACUCGAGAAUAUGGCACUUAAUAGGUUGUAUUAGAAACAUAUAGCAUUAAUAUAUAAAGUGGAUCUUUUAACCCUGAUAUUAAUGGUUUAGACAAA